UCCUUUCUCUCUCCGUCGGAGAAGCACCGAAAUCGCCAUCGAUGGAGGAAGAGAAAGCGGCGGCCUACUACGACGAGCUCACUCGGAAAGGCGAAGGAGCCGCGAGGUUCAAGCAAGGGCUCGGCUUCUCCGCCUCCAGUGACUCGGCUCCUCCCGCCAGAGGAUCGGCCUUUGUCUCCGCUUCUUCUUCGUCGUCCUCUUCUUUCCUGAGCAACUUCGUGAAAGCAUCGAGCCCCACCAAAACCUCGCAGUUCGAAAAGCAAUCUCAUCUCGAGUCUAUCCAGAACAAGCUCAGGAAGAAGCCGGAUGAUGCCGAUAGGCAUCAGUCUAGGGUUUCGGAUCGGAACGAGCGCGGAGAUCGUGGAAGUCGGAGGCACCGAUCUAGGAGUGCGGAGAGGGAGAGGCGGUCGAGAAGGAGAAGCAGGAGCAGAGAUAGAGAUAGGUACAGAGAGAAGGACAGAGACAGGGACGGGGAGAGAGAUAGGGACCGAAGGAGGAGAAGUAGGAGCAGGGGCAGAAGUGCGUCGCCGCGGAGAUCCGGGGGGGCACGGGGCGCGUCUCCUCGAGAGAGGCGGAGGCCGGAGAAGAGUAGGAGUGAUUACAGAGAGAAAAACGAAAUGGAACGAUCGGGGAAGGAGCAGAACGGCGGUGGAAAGGCGGUUGAUUACUCACGGUUCAUCGAUGGAUACGACAAGAUGACUGCAGCUGAAAAGGUUAAAGCCAAGAUGAAACUUCAGCUUGCUGAAACUGCUGAAAAAGAUGAAUCAAAUGGAAUGGGCCCUGGCUGGGAAAGAUUCAAUUUUGACAAAGAUGCUCCGGUUGAUGAUGAGGAAAUCGAAGCUGCUGAAGAUGAUGCAGCCUUAGUCAAGCAUAUCGGGCAGAGCUUCCGUUUUUCAGCUGUAGAGGCGAGAAGGGAGGAACAGAUAAAGACUGCACAUGAUGAAGCAAUGUUUGGAUCUUCUCGUACUUUAUCAGUCGAAGAGCAGGAGCCCAACGUGGAGAAUGAAAACAAGAGUGUUGAGAAUAUACCUGCAGCAAGCCUUGUCAGUGAAAAGGUACUUGCUAGGCAACAAGGUUCGUGGCGUGACCGUGCUCGCAAAGCAUAAGUGAAGAAAUAGUUCGAUGGAACAAUCUAACCCCCCUUUUAUGGAUUGCUGAGGAGAUGUGCUUUUGAAAACGGUGAAGAUUUUGAAAGGAUUGUGACAGGCAAAGAAGUUUGGGUGGCAUGGGCAUAGACCGGGAGCAUGACAAAAGUAUAUGCUCCCUCUUCAAUUCUCAAGAGUUGCAACAAAGGAAUGAAGCUGCAUGGUCCUUGGCUUUGUUUCCCUCCUCCUGCAAUUACACCCAGUGACCAUGACAAUAUUGGUUAGUGCCGUGAAGCUUCUGCAAGACAUGAUCGUUGGUUUGCAGGUUGCAGCCUGCAGAUAGUGUGGGUCGCCUGUCGUAUUGAAAUCUAACUUGGAAGAUCGUUGUUUUAUCUGUGCUCCGUCUAUGACGAGAAGGAAACUCGCCCUCAGCCUCGUGUUUUGCUUGUUUGUUUUUGUAUAGUCAUCAUCCACCUUAUACUCCACUGGCGCUGUCCCUCUGAGGCAUAAGUCGAACCGAUUCCUUGCAUUUCGGGAGCCAAAGCUGAUGUCAACGUGUCUUCUCCAUCAUAUCUGGCUGUACAUUGGCAAAUUAUUGGGAAGCAUGCGUGUAACUCAAUACUGUGUAUCUAUUCAACGGAAUGUAUGGGACUUACCGUGUCAAAAUUGGAAACAUUGUAUGUCAUUUGUUCGGGAAAGAUGGCGACGGUUGUUCAAUUUGACUGUUCGAUGUAUCCUGAACGACAGUGGUACAAGUGAAAAACAGUGGGGACUCGCUCUCCCAGCAGAUUCUGGCUUUUACAGCAUGAA